GAGAGUGGAUUUUCAACGAGGUCGAGAGAAGAGCGUAGACGGGCAGACAUCAUUUCUCUCUCAGCCUCCUCGGACUGUCCACACGAAGGCAAACAGCCGAGAAAUAAAACACUUUUUUUUUCAAGAAAGAAACAUAACUAUCUAAAUUAAUCCAUUAAAUUAGCCAUGGCCGAUACAGAUGUUGACACGACCGCAGCUGCAGACGUCACAGCCAAGGAACUGAAAGAAAAGAAAGAAGUGGAGGAGAAGAAGGAGGAGGAGGAGGAGGCCAGUGAGACACCUGCCAAUGGCACACAGAAUGGUGCUGAUCACAGUGACAAAGUGGAAGAAGCUCAAGAGGAGGACCAGAAGAAUGGCCAAGAUGAUGCAGAGGCAGCGCCCCCUGCUGAGCAAACUGACACAGCCCCUGUGAAGCGUGCAGCUGAGGAGGAGGAGGAAAACUCAGAGACAAAAAAGCAGAAGACAGAGGAAAAUGGAGACUCUAAAGAAGCAGAAGUGGAAGCCUAGCUCUCUGUUCUUCUACCUGUUUGUGGCACUGUCCUAACCUGGUCAGCAUCCUGUUGUAGAGCUUGUGCUUUCUGUACCUUUUUAUAUAUAUCUUUUUUUGCUCCCAUGUUAUCGUGUUGCACUGGAGUCCUGAAGCAUAGUGGCCCUGCCUCUUUUUUUAUGAAAUGUUAUUUAUUGGUCCAUUUAAAAAAAAAAAAAAAUUAGCAUUUGGGUUUUUUUUUUUGUUGUUUUUUUUUGUUUUUACAUGUACAAUUUGGGCCACACAUUAGAUCACUUUUCAUUUCUUGAGGUUUUGUAUCAUUAUGUUGGAAGCACACUCUCUAUGAAAGCAGUGAUGACCAGAUGAUUCGUACAUGUACAGGCAGCUGUUCACCUUCUCAAGGCUCAUGUUGACCUCUCAGAUUCACACAAAGGACCAAAGAUAAGUUUUAAGCAGGGGCUAAUGUACAGUUGCUAUUCACGUAGUUGUGUUGAGCUGCUCAUUAAUUUUUUGUUUGAUUGCCCCGUUUGCAUAACAGAUGGUUCAGACAUAAUGGGACUCAUGCUUCCUUAAUAAGAUAGCUUCACCAUUUGUAGGAGUCGGGAUGUUGUAUUGGUAAUUAACCCCUCUUAAAUCUUACGACUUUGGUCAUUCCCCCCCUUGUAUGCAUUCCACGCAAGUUUGUACCAUUUAUAUGUUUU